AUGGCGACAAUUAGCAUGAUUCAAGGCCUGGCAGACAAACUGUUCACUACUUUAAUUAAUCAAGCUCAAAUUGCACUUGAUUUUAAAGAUCAGUUUGAAAUAAUGAGGACAAAGCUUGAGCUUAUGACGGCCUUCCUCUCCUCCACUGACAAUCUCAAGACUCAACAUAAGGAAAUGGUCCAGACGAUUUUGCCUAAUAUCAGAAAUCUUAUUUAUGAAGCUGACGAUAUACUCACAGAUUGCCUACUUACAUAUGAGUAUCGGAAACACGGGUCAGUUUGCUCGAGUUUAUGGCCUCAUCAACUCGCAUUUCAGUAUCGAACAGGCAAAAAAUUGAACCAUAUUAAUUCACGGUUUCAAGAGAUGGAGAAAACAAUGGGCUCGUUUUUGAGACCGGAAUUGACAACAAACAGGGGAAAUAAUGCGCAUCAAAUGGUAAAGUAUUCCUCACAGUAUUAUGACCCUUCUGAGAUCAUCGGUUUGGAGGAUGACAUUGAAAAGAUAAAAGGGUGGAUGUUAAGAAGUAAUAAGGAAUUUCACCAUGUUGGAAUUGUGGGGAUGGGGGGUUUGGGAAAAACCACCAUUGCCCAGAAAAUUUUCAAUGAUAGAGAAGUGGUUGCUUACUUUGAGAAGAUGAUUUGGGUGCCAGUUUCUCAGAGUUUCAGCGAAGAACGGAUUACGACGAUCAUGAUGAAACAGUUAGGUAUGGAAGGAACUGGAUUAGAUGAAAGUAGUAAGUUGCCCCAAAUUCGCCGUAUACUUCGUCAGAAGAAGUGUCUUGUUGUUAUGGACGAUGUCUGGAGAAAGGAUCUUGAUUGGUGGAAGAAUUUUUGUGGUGAAAGCAGUUUCUCUAUCAUCACAUCAAGAAAUGAAGAUGUCGUAAAGCGUAUGGGGGUUGACAACUCGCGGAUUCAUCGGCCAAGAACUUUGAAUGAGAAGGAAAGUUGGUUAUUGUUCUGCAAGUUUGCAUUUUCCAGGAGCAGGGGACAAUGCUCCAAUGAUCAAUUAGAAAGAGUGGGCAGGGACAUCUUGGAGAGAUGUGGCGGGCUUCCACUGGCAAUAAAGACAAUAGCAGCCUUACUUGCGCCAAAAGUUGAUUCCUUGAAAGAGUGGAAAAAGAUUUAUCAAGAUUUUCAUGGAUUGACAACCACAGGACAAAAUAGUUCUGUUAUGGCUUCUCUGCAAAUGAGCUAUGAUGAACUGCCCACUCAUCUAAAGCCGUGUCUACUGUGUUUCUCUAUUUAUCCUGAAGACUUUAAGGUACAUGGUGAACAAAUAGUGCAUUGGUGGGUUGCGGAGGGUAUUGUCCAGGGCAAGAACCCAUGGACUGCAACCGAAUUGGGAUAUGAAUAUCUUUCCGAGCUAGCGAAUAGAUGCCUGCUUGAUGUUGUGAAUCGAAGAAAUUAUGAUGGGAGAGUCUACAGUUGCAAGGUGCACGAUCUGACCCGAGACAUGGUAAUUAAGAUUGCAAACGAUGAGGCAUUUUGUAGCUUUGAUGGACAAGGCAAACAGAAACAGGCAGAAGAUUCUCGAUGGUUAGGUUUCACCACUGACAUGAAUCCAAAAUUGUUGAAAAACUGUUCAAAGUUGAGGGCAUUGUUACUGAUGUCAAACCAUCAUGUUUCCUAUGACAUGAAUUUGAAGUUGCUCAAGUCGCUACGGGUGUUGGAUUUCUCUAACAAUAAGCUGGAUACAAUUGAAGUAGAGCGUCUCUGGAGUUGGAUCUGUUCCCUUAAACGCCUUGCACAUCUGAACUUAAGUGGAGUUCAAAGCCUUAAGGAAGUACCGUAUUCAGUUCAAAAGCUUCGUAAUCUCCAAAUUUUGGUUUUGAGGAAAUGCAAGAAUUUAGCCAAACUAGAUCCAUCGGUUACAAAUUUGAAGAAAUUGAUUGUCUUGGAUCUAAGUUUCUGUAAUCUGAAGUGCCUACCUAAUGGACUAGAGAAGCUAGUUCAUCUCCAGGAACUGUCAGGAUUUCGGGUUGAGAGUCGAGCUAACUCAAGAAGAAGUCAGCUUCGUGAGCUACGGUCCCUGACAGAGCUAAGAGUUCUACGAUUGAGUAUAAAUUUCUUGAGUGAAAUGGCAAACGAUGAAUGGAAUGUCUUCUCAAACCUGACAAAUCUUAAGGUUUUAGCUAUUGAUGCAGAAAAUUGUAAGAACAAAAGUAUACAAAAAAUGCUGGAUCAUCUUUCAGCUCCUCCAAGCCUUGAGCAUCUUUUUCUGGAGCAUUAUCGUCAUGAAAUUUUGCCGAAAUGGAUAAAUCCCAAGCAACUUCCAAAUCUGCAAUAUCUUUGUCUUGAGGACGGAGACAUCAACCACUUACCAAUGAGUGUCAAUGAUGAAACUGAAGAUAGUAGCAUCUCCAAAUGGACCCUGGAGGGUCUCCGUUUAAUGUUCCUGCCAAAUUUAGUCCUGGACUGGCAGAACUUGGGGAAGGAUAUGCCUUUUCUACAUCAUGCAGAGGUGAGCCAUUGUUUUAAUUUGGAAAACUUUCCCUUUGACCCUGACAAGCUAGCUGUCUGGACGAAGAAUCAAGAUUGA